AUGUGUUUGGUGUACGAAUACGUCGACGGCGGGACAUUGGCUCAACAUUUGGCAAAGGAGAGCAGUGAACCUUUGAGUUGGAAUGAACGUCUUGAAGUGGCUCACGGUAUCGCUAAAGCUAUUCAUUACAUACAAACGACGUCACAACGUCCUCUAAUCCAUCGAGACGUUAAGAGUGCUAACAUUCUGGUGUCAAGUGAUGGAAGAGUAAGACUGGCCGACUUUGGUCUGUCGUGCUUUGGAGAGCAUGUUGACAACAUGGAUGCAAGUUUUUGUGAUUCUAGUUCAAUGGCAGUGGGUACACGCAGUUAUAUGUCGUCCGAAGCGUGCAAAGGGAUAAGUAGUACACGAACUGACGUCUAUUCGUUUGGAGUGGUAUUAUUUGAAUUGUUAACAGGACUGCCUCCUUACUGUUCGAGCAAGAAACUUGAUCUGGUGACAUGGUUGGAAAGAAUGGAAAGGGAAGGCGUAGAGCUAAUGUCUAUGUCUGAUCCACGAGCUGCCUGGCCGGAUCGGGUGUCACGUCUUCUUUUGGAUCUGGCAAAACGGUGCACCGACUUUGACAGCCACAGACGACCAUUUAUAAGAGAGGUUCUGCAGGAGUUGGACAGAGUCUCACGAAUGGACUUGCAAGGGAUUCUAGGAAUGUGUUUAAGGGCAGACAGGCUUGAAGAAGUCAUUGAAGGUCGUGGAAAUAAGCAGUAGCCGUUUGAAGACUGUCUACAGCAGUAGCAACUCUCUUAUGUUGUAGGCAUGACGCAUUUGUUGACUGUGUAGCCUCGGUACUCCAGACCGAGUGUUGCUAUUUAACUAGUUUUCAGCUCUAGAAAAGGGACUUUGUAAAAGUCACGAGACUUGGCGAGUAGCGUACUCAGCCAAUCCUACGCGCGAAACUUUCAUGAGAGAGUUUUAUUACCAAAAUGGUGUAAUUCGUGUUUGCGAUUGUUAGG